UGUUUUGAAGUAUUUUUAACGUUUUUAACCGGGCUAAGUGUGUUUGAUUUAAAUAACACAUUCCCAGAGAUGGUUGUUUUUAUAAGGGGAAGGUUCACAGCGUUUUCUUGUUUGGUGUUGUGACAUCAAGAUGCCUAUUCGAGCAUAUUGUACGAUUUGUUCGGAUUUUUUCGACCAUUCUAAAGAUGUUGCUGCUAUUCACUGCGGACACACAUUUCACUAUGACUGUUUACUUCAGUGGUUCCAGACUGCCCCCACCAAGACCUGUCCUCAGUGCAGGAAGCAGGUCAGCACCAGACAUAUCAUUAAUAAACUCUUCUUUGACAUUGGGGGAGAAGAGGAUGGAAAGGUGGACCCAGAUUGUCUACAGAAUGAGCUGGAUCGAGUCAAAGCUUUGCUCAGCUCUAAAGAGAGAACCUGGCAGGAGAAACAGAAGAUAAUAGAUGGUCUGAGGGAUACAGUGGACAAACAGAAGAAAGACAUGGACAGUUUACGGAAAGACGCCAUGGAGAAGGACAUGCUGUGUGCAGCCCUUAGGAAACAAAUGACUUACCUGGAAACACAACAGAAUGACAUCCAAUCUGCUAAAGAAGAAGCCAAAAGACUUCGUAUAAAGUUGAAAACCUUUGAAAGCCUGGACAUCUUGUUACAGGGCCAGAGGUCUGAGGUGGAGUCUAUGAUCAGUGAUAUGGGAAUGAGCCAGGCCGCUGUGGAGCAACUCUCCAUCUACUGCAUUUCUCUCAAAAAAGAGUAUGACAACCUGAAAGGGAGUCUCAAAAGUUCAAAUGAAAUGUGUGAAAAGCUCAAGAGAGAAGUGCUUUCAACCAACAACAAGCUACAAAAAUCCACAGUGGAGGUGAACCAGACAAAAGAAGAUAUAAAAGCUUUACAUAAAGAUCUGAGUGCCGCUGAUAAAGAAAUCUCUAGCCUGAAGAAGAAGAUAGUGGUGUUGCAGAACACUCUGAGCACGCCAACUCGUACAAAUGAAGCCCUGAGCCGUCUUGUGUUUGAAAGCCCAGCUCCUCUUGAACUGAAGCACCCUCAGCUCCACCGGCCCUCAGACAGUCAGGACAUCGACCUCAACAUGACCUAUGACAUCACCACGCCAGAGGAUGUGUCCAAAAAGCCAUCCCAGGUCCUAUCCAAGAAGAUGCGCUUAGACCCUCUAUCAGCAGCUGUGGCCAAGCACAAUGAGAAAAGCACAUCUCUAAACAAGGUGCGAGUUGAAGAUGAUUCCAUGGAUCCAUUUUUGAAGAAUUCCCUUCUUUUCCGAAAGAAAACGUUUGGAAGCAUGUUGGACCCUCAGAAGUAUCAUAACGGAGCAGUAAGAAGUGGCUAUGAUGGACUAGGUGGAAGGACAAAAUUCAUCCAACCUUCUCCACUUGCUGAGAUUCGUCCUCUGAUAAAGGCUAAGCGGAAAAAGGUGUCCAGGCCUGUACCCAAGAUUUCACCUUGUCUCACUUUGGAUAAUUUUCUUGAGUAAAAAUCCAGCAUUCUUCACAUUUUGAAACAGACUGAAUUAUAUCCAUGACACAGGCUUUUUCUACCUGCUGUAAUAGAUUGUGUUUUUGCUAUUUUAGGAGUUUUACUUGUGUGUCAUACAUGUCGUCCUUUUUCAACGUAAUUUCAGUUUAGUCAGUGGAAAACAAAAUUAUUUCAUUCUUCUGAAAAAUUAUUUAUUUCAAUAUUCUACCAGCAAACAUGCAGAAAACACUUCUCUCGUUUAUGGCUAAGUGCGAACCAUCUGUAGUAUAAUAAACAGUAUUUUAUUUUUU